CUGUUUUUGUUUUGAAUCUGAUGGUUCGCAGGUUGUUCGUGUCGUCAUCGGGCUUCUUCCAUUCAUUACUUCGCUUGACUGAUUGUAAUUUUGUGCCAAAAUAAAUAAUAGAAGCUUACUGCGGUCACAAACGUUCCCGUUAUAUGCAUUAUAGUUUUACAACUUUCUACCGGUACUCGCAAAUUAAUUGCAGCGUGUAGCGAGUCAAGUUCACGGCAGCAUAGUCGGUCGGCAGUGAGCUGAGCACGCGGGAACGCCUGAAUCGAUUUUCACCGCUAAAUAGCGCGCUUCUCUCGCAGAGAGAACUGACCCAACUCGGCGCUCAGCGGCGUCGGCGAGGAUCAUCGAAGUUCAAGUCAUCGUUGCCAGUUACAGUCAGCAGCUGCCCGGACUCGCAGAAUGUACCUGUUGACUCGACGGAGACUGUUCAAGAGAAUCGGUUUAACGACGUGCAAGAUCUGCAUCCUGGUGUUUGUGAUCAUUUUCAUCGUGCUGCCAUUGAUAUUUAAAUUCUCGUUUGCCCUGCAGAAAAGCAUCCUAUUCCUCACAUUCAUUUCCUACCCGCCGAAUGUUGAUCUCAAACGACCAGAGAAAAGCGGUUUGUACGCGACGCGAAAUUUCAUCGUCACUUAUCGGGACCAGGAAGACGACGUCGAUGUGGGUGUUGCGGUAUGGCACGUGCUUCCCAAUGAUCUGGUGCGGCGUUUCUGGAAGGAACUGCAAAUUAACGAGCCUACUCUAUCUAACAUGACAGCACCGGAGGAUGUGCGGGACAAAGUGGACGCAUUAGUUAGCGAAGAUACCACACAGUAUCGUGGAAUCGAGCGGAUUUUGCACCGCUCAAACCUGAACUUGGACGAUGAAUCCACCCAGAAGGAUUUGUUUGAGGAGACUCUCCGAGCCACCACCAAUGAUAUCGUGCUGUACCUACAUGGAAAUACUGCCUCAAGGGGGGCAUCCCACCGGGUGGAGCUGUACAAGUUGCUGCGAAGUCUCAAUUACCACGUGGUGACCCUGGACUACCGAGGAUACGGGGAUUCGGCCAGCAUUUCCCCAACCGAGCGAGGCGUCGUGUACGACGCCUUGGCCGUGUAUCAGUAUAUAACCAGUAUUAGUAAAAAUCCAAUUUACCUGUGGGGCCAUUCGCUGGGGACGGGGGUGGCUACGCAUUUGCUAUCGCUUUUGACGGACAUGAGCUUGCCGGGCCCGAAAGCGGUGGUGCUAGAAAGCCCUUUCAAUAACAUUCGGGAGGAGAUUUGUGCUCAUCCGUUUUCUAAGUUGUAUCGGCAUCUUCCAUGGUUCGACUACACAAUAUCACGUCCAAUGUAUGCCAAUGAACUGCGUUUUGAGUCCGAUCAACACAUCGCAGAAUUUAGACAGCCGGUGUUGAUUUUGCAUGCUGAGGAUGAUCAUGUUGUCCCGUUCAAUUUAGGUUAUAAGCUCUACCGCACCGCCCUAGACACCCGUGGCAAAUCGUGGGGCCCCAUCGAGUUCCACCGAUUCGAGAAGACCAGCCACUACGGCCAUCGGUACAUCUGCCGGGCACCGAACCUGCCGGAAAUCGUAAUCCGUUUCUUCCGCACGUACCGCAACGAGCAGUACUGAGCAGUGUUGCAGACUGAGGUGAGUUCCGAAACCGAGCGCCAAAUACCAAACAUCGAUUAGUUGGACGCGUGUUCGGUUCCCCAUAGGGGAGAGAAUGAACGCGGUUGUGAUUAAUUUUGUUAAAAUGAUAACAAUAACUAUGAUAAUUAGUAGAGUUACUAAGAGACUAUUAGAUGCCUGCGUCAUUUUUGCUCUAUAAUAGGAGCGCAGUAGUGAGUCAGGGCUAUUUUCCUGAUUUCAAACUGAUUUCAGAUAGAAUAUACCUUUUACAAUAGGAACGCCAAGCAAAGAGAAUUGUAUUAGUGAUUUAGUGGAUUGAACUACUCUCAAUGUAUGUGAAUUAGAAUUUAGUUACCUAAUUGGAGAUCCAUAAUUUAUGAAACAUAGCAACAGUGAAACACAAAUCUAGAUAGGAUUUUUUGCAUGAUAUCCGUACCAAUAUUGCAAGCAAUUUGCCUCUGGAGAGUAGAAAAUACAAUUUUACAUAGAGUACAACUACAUUCAAGAGAAA